UCCAUGCCUCCAAUAUGGUGUUCCCCGUGUAGCCUGUGACAGUAGCUUUACCACAGGUGGCCAGUGUAGUUUUUGGACUGCGGCUGCGGUCCCGCCAGGUUGGUUUGCAGAAGCAGCAAACUUUAGUUCCGGUUACGACUCCGGAAAGCCACAUUUCUCCGAGAGUCUGGAAUCGCCGUUGAGUUUUAGAAUCUGAAAGUUCCUCCUCAGCCCUUGUUUCCUGUGCCAUCUCUGGACACCUUCCCCAGGUCCCUGACCCUCUCAGAUUCACACUAUGAGCCUUCGGAAGCUGCUGUUGCGCCUGUCCGGUUAUCUCGGGGCGGCUGGUCCCCCACGUCGCCAGUGGUGGUGCUCCGGGGCCCCCGACACCAUCUCAGUAGUCUCCUGGCGUGCUCACUCCUCCAGGUCUCCAGCCCAUUGGAACCAGGUGGUGUCAGAGGCAGAAAAGAUCGUGGGCUACCCCGCUUCUUUCAUGAGCCUGCGCUGCCUGCUGAGUGACGAGCUCAGCAACAUCGCCAUGCAGGUGCGGAAACUGGUGGGAACUCAGCACCCUCUGCUUACCACUGCCAGGGGCCUUGUGCACGACAGCCGGCAUAACCUCCAGCUGAGGGGCCUGGUGGUACUGCUCAUCUCCAAAGCAGCAGGGCCCAGCACGGAGAACUCCUCAAGCCAGAACUACGACAUGGUCAGUGGGAUAUACUCGUGUCAAAGAAGUUUGGCAGAGAUCACAGAACUUAUACACACUGCUCUCCUCGUGCACCGUGGGAUAGUAAAUUUAAGUGAAUUACAGUCUUCUGAUGGACCACUAAAAGACAUGCAGUUUGGAAACAAAAUAGCUAUCCUGAGUGGAGACUUUCUUCUAGCAAAUGCCUGCAAUGGACUAGCUCUUCUACAGAACACCAAGGUUGUGGAACUUCUAGCAAGUGCCCUUAAGGACCUGGUGCAAGGAGUAUACCAGGAAAAUUCUGCUUUGGCCAAGGAACACUCUAUCACAGAUGAUAUUGGUAUGUCGACUUGGAAGGAGCAGACUUUUCUGUCCCAUUGUGCCUUGCUAGCGAAGAGCUGCCAGGCUGCAAUGGAAUUGGCAAAGCACGGUGCUGAGGUCCAGGACAUGGCAUUUCAGUAUGGGAAGCACAUGGCCAUGAGUCACAAGAUAAAUUCUGACCUCCAGCCUUUUAUUAAAGACAAGACCAGUGACUCCAAGACUUUUGACCUAAACUCAGCACCUGUAGUCUUACAUCAGGAGUUUCUUGGAAGAGAUUUGUGGAUUAAGCAGAUUGGUGAGGCUCAAGAAAAAGGAAGAUUAAACUACACCAAGUUGCGAGAAACAAUCAAAGCUGGCAAAGGUGUGACUUCAGCUAUUGACCUGUGUCGUUACCAUGGAAACAAGGCACUGGAGGCCCUGGAGAGCUUUCCUCCCUCAGAGGCCAGAUCGGCUUUAGAAAACAUUGUGUUUGCUGUGACCAGAUUUUCAUGACACCACAUUAAAGAGACACUAUUGUUCCUUAGCUGAAAAAUCCAGAGAACAGGGUGGAGAGGAGAGCUUUUGAGAUGAAAUAACUAAUAUGUUAAUGAUUUUUAAAAUGUAUGUAUUGUUCUUUUACCCCGUUGCUUAAUGAAUCUAUCUUUUUGGAACCACUACAAACAAAACGAGAAGGAAAAAAGGUCACCCAGUUUUCACUUGUCACGCCAAAGCACACUUGAGGCUGCAGCAACAGAAAUAAUUAAUGAGACCCACUCCUGUGACCUCAGCAAAUGGACAGGAAAUAAGUCCUUAUUGAUUGGACCACGCCAGGGAUGGCGCCAGGCCGAUGGCUGUGGUUUUCCUUCUGAAGAAGACAGAGCAAGCUGGAAGCUGCAGGUGUCAAGAGAAACACUGGGUACCAGCCAGCGUGGACACAUCAAAACCUGAUGACCCAUCCGUUGUAGAGGAGACUCGUUCUUCUAUGAGUUAAGAAAAAUGGGCUUUGCUUGCUUUCUCAGAAUCAUGUCUGUGUGGCUAUAUCAUGAGAGGCCUGUGCAUCUCAGUUUUUAUCAUAUUUGGGAGAGGUGGGGAAAAUGUUCUGAAGUUGCCAAAUUCUUGAAGUUGGAAAUUAAAGUUUUACCAGG